CUUUCACAACCCCCUUUACUUCUAUGUGAGUCCUUCAUAAACUAUCUCUCUUUCUCUUUGAGUCUCAAGGAAUCCACUGAAAAUUGUUGCGGCAUCACCAUCGUCACCACCCACUUUAUUCUUUGCUAUCAUGGAUAAUGAAAUAUCCACGACAACCAACUUCGCAAUUUUCGCCCGCCCACAAUGACUACACCUGCUAAUAAUUUCAAGGAACAAAAAAGGAUGAAUUUUAGAGCUUCUACUACUCCUUCCCCUUCUCAUCUAAUGUCGUCGCACUCCAAAGAGGUGAAUAUUAUAAUGUGUUAGCUUUUUAUAUUACCUGCAUAAACUUGUAUAUGCUAAAAUUUUUUACUUAUUAUGCUAAUUAGAUUAAGGUUAAACAAUUAAAGAGACCUAAGGCGACUUGGACUGAUUCUACAACUAGAAUAUUUCGUGAGGCUUGUGCUGAGGAGGUUCAUGCAGGGAAUAGACCUAACACUCACUUAAAUAAAAUUGGUUGAGCUAAUGUAAUUUAAAAGUUUCAACAAAAACAGGACUACGAUAUGAUCAAAAGCAACUAAAAAAUAAGUGGGAAAAGAUGAUGACUGACUUCACAACAUGGAAAAAUCUCAUAGAAAAGGAGACAGGAUUAGGAUGGGACCAUGAGAAACAAACAAUAAUUGCCCCGGAUGAAUGGAGGACAAGCAAAGAAAAGGUUAAUCCUAAUAUUAUAAAAUUUCGAGAAGGUGGAAUAAAAAAUAUAACGGAGUUAGAAGUUAUGUUUGGUAAGAUAUGUGCUUCAGCAACAUCCUUUUGGAAUCCAUAUACUGAAGAAGAGGACGAGUUAGAAGAUGAAUUCACACAAGAUAAUAAUGACAUGCACGAGGAAGAGCAAGUGCAUAACACACUUGAAGAUUGUACACCUACAACUGAAGCUCGUGAUGUUGAAAACACUCUUGUUGAAUCUAUUGAGGCAAAGGGGAAAAAAAUUCAAAGGGAAAAGAAAUCUAAAGUUAGCACUGCUAAAUUAAUGCAAAAUGAGUUAAAACGAAUUGUUGGUGCAAUGGAAAAUUUUUCUCAAUCAAGUGCUUUAACAACAUCUAGGAGAAAUGAUAUUCCUAGUUGUUGCAUUAAAGAAUGUUUAGAUUUGCUAAGUACGACCCCUGGUGUUGAAAUAGGUAGUUAACUAUAUAUGCUUGGAACACGUUUAUUUAUCAAACGAGAAAAUAGAGAGAUGUUUGUUGCUAUUCCAAAUGAAGAUAUACGAAGUGAAUGGCUUGAACAAGAAUUGCCAAGGGAGAAAAGCAAAGUUUCAAAAAAUUAGUCUUUUUUUUUCAUACUUAGAUAUUGUUUUUAUUUACGUUAAUGUAUUGGACAUACUUUUUCAAAAAAUUAUGUAUCAUAUUGAGUAUUUUUUUGAUUUAAAGUUUACUAUUUAGCAGAUCAAUUCAGUUGAAAGUGACAGUAAUGACAUGAUGGAUGAGUCUGAUGACGAAGAGUAUGAGGAUAUGGUACACCAAGAACAAUUAAAAGUUAAGCAAAUGAUGUUAUAUGCUGCU